CCGGGCUUCCUUGUGCCGGGCUUCCUCGUGCCAGACCUUUGCUAAUUCAAUUUACUUCCUAUUCCGGACCCUUCUUCCCUUUCGUCGCCCCCUUCACCUUGGAUCAUGUUCAAGAAAUUUGAUAGACGGUAAAAGGCAAAGGGGGAACAUGGGCAAAGGAAGAUUUGAUGAGAAAGAAAAUGUGUCCAACUGCAUCCAGUUGAAAACCUCGGUUAUUAAGGGUAUUAAAAAUCAAUUGCUAGAGCAAUUUCCAGGUAUUGAACCAUGGCUUAAUCAAAUCAUGCCUAAGAAGGAUCCUGUGAAAAUUGUCCGUUGCCAUGAACACAUAGAAAUCCUUACAGUAAAUGGAGAGUUACUGUUUUUUAGACAAAGAGAAGGACCUUUUUAUCCAACCUUAAGAUUACUUCAUAAAUAUCCUUUUAUCUUGCCACAUCAGCAGGUUGAUAAAGGAGCCAUCAAAUUUGUACUCAGUGGAGCAAAUAUCAUGUGUCCUGGCUUAACAUCUCCUGGAGCUAAGCUCUACCCUGCUGCCGUAGAUACUAUUGUUGCAAUCAUGGCAGAAGGAAAACAGCAUGCUUUAUGUGUUGGUGUAAUGAAGAUGUCUGCAGAAGAUAUUGAGAAAGUCAACAAAGGAAUUGGCAUUGAAAAUAUCCAUUACUUAAAUGAUGGGCUGUGGCAUAUGAAGACAUACAAAUGAGCCUCAAAAGGAAUGUGCUGGGCCAAAUAUGGAUAUUGUGACAUAUCUGUGUUUGUGUCUGGGUGUGGCAGCAUGAAGACAAUGCCCCUACGGUUAUGCUGAAUAAAGUCUGCAAAUGCUAAAAGUCUGUUAGCUCCAAAAAUUAU